GCGGGAUACGCAGGCUGAGCUGUGAGUGUAAUGGAGGCUGAGUAACUGAGGGAAGAUAAAGGCUGUUUGUCCUUGGCUGGGGAAAGAGAAGGAAAGAGGAAUCUUUUUAUUUUUUUUUAAGUUUGUGUUUGGGGAAAAAAAAGCAAGCAAAAAAAAAAUGGAGAUGAAGAAAAGGAUGAACCUGGAAAUGAAGAAAAGGAUCAACCUGGAGCUGAGGAACAGGAACCCAGGCGAGGUGGCGGAGUUAGUAAUUGACAAUUGUCGCAGCAACGAAGGGGAGAUCGAUGGCUUUGGUGACGGAUUUAAGGAGCUGGAGUAUCUCAGUAUGAUCAACGUGGGACUCAAGUCUCUCUCCAAACUCCCAAACCUCCAUAAACUGUUAAAGCUGGAGCUCAGUGACAAUUCCAUCUCAGGAGGGUUGGAGUUACUAACGGAGAAGUGUCCCAACCUUGUGUACCUCAACCUCAGCAGCAAUAAGAUAAAAGACUACAGCACGGUGGAGCCUCUGAAAAACCUGACGCAUUUGAAGAGCUUGGAUCUGUAUAACUGUGACAUCUGCAAUCCCAGUGACUACAGGGAGAACAUUUUCAAGCUCCUCCCUCACAUCACCUACCUGGACGGCUUUGACCGGGACGAUCAGGAGGCUCCAGAGUCUGAUGAUGAGGAGGAAGACGAAGAGGAUGAAGAUGGAGCGGCGGCAGCAGGGGGUUACUACGAGGAGGAUGAGGAUGAGGAAGAAGAUGAAGAGGAGGAGGAUGACGAAGAAGAGGAGGAUGACGAGCCCGAGGAAGCGGAGGAGGUCGGAUUAUCCUAUCUCCUAAAAGAAGAAAUUCAGGAUGAUGAAGACGAUGAUGAUUAUGUUCAUGAAGGAGAAGAGGGAGAGGAAGGUGAUCAAGACGUGGCCGCUCAGGGACAGAAACGGAAACGAGAGGCGGAUGAUGAAGGUGAAGAGGAUGAGUAGUUCCCUCCGGGUGUGACCAAGCGCCUGUUUUUACCGCAAUACAACAUCGUAACAUACUUGCUACGGUUUAAGUAGUAACUGUCACAAUUGGAGUUGAAAGGGGUGCAGAGGAGGAACCUGGGGUCGGAGGGAAAGGAAAUUAUUUUGUUGUACUUUUUUUAAAAAACCAUUCCAGUUUUAAUAGCAAAGUCCUGGAUUCAUUUGUGUAGUUUUUUUUUAUUUGCAAAGCCUUUCUUCGGAGCUGUGUGAAAACCAUACUCAAAAGUUCACGCAAAGUGAGAUUCUAAAGAUUUAGUUCUAUUGUGUGUGCGUGUGUAUGCGUGUGUUCCCAGUGGGGAAGGUUCUGAAGUGGUGAUGCAGUGAAAAGCAAAAUUGGAGUUCAAUGCAUAUUUCAAAGCACUAUACAAUUGCUUUAUUUUCUCUGAACAAUUACCUGUCUGCAUUUGCUAUGUAAAUCGUCAUGCUGCAGUUCCAUUCUCCUGCCAGGAGAGGUGCUGUAGUACACCACUGAGAGCAGAUUACACUCCUCACACUGGUAAAUCAUCAAUAUAAAUGUUGACACUGGAAAUCACAGGGAAAAAAAAGACAAAGUCCACUCACCUUAAAUAAAUUUCCCAAAACA